AUGCCUCAAAUCCAGCAGCCGUCCAACCAAAUAAAGCUAACCAAUGUUUCCAUUGUACGUCUAAAGAAGGGAGGAAAGCGAUUCGAGAUUGCCUGCUACAAAAAUAAAGUACAAGAAUGGAGGACAGGCGUCGAGACAAAUCUAGAUGAUGUCCUCCAAAUUAGCAACGUUUUUGUAAACGUCUCCAAAGGCGAAGUUGCCAAGAGUGGAGAUCUUCAGAAGGCUUUCGGAAAAUUGGAACUUGGCGAUAUUGUGAAGGAGAUUCUCAAGAAGGGAGAAGUCCAAGUCGGGGAAAAAGAACGUGACCACGACCUCACAUCGCUCCGCAAAGAAAUCGCGACUCUGGUGGGAGAAAAAUGUGUGGAUCCGUCGACACAGCGCCCUUAUCCCGUCGGGAUGAUCGAGAAAGCGAUGGCCGAAGCUGGAUUUAGUGUGAAACAGAACAAGACUGCAAAGAGCCAGGUUUCCGAAUGUAUCAAGCAACUGCAGACUGAUUCCAACCUGCCAAUACAAAGGGCACGCAUGAGAAUUAAAGUCUCGAUGCCAACCGAAGACGGGGGCCGUCUUCGAGAGCAGGUGACGGCCUGUGCAGAAAAGGUUGAAAUCGACAACAUAACGCAGGCAGAUUGGGAAGUGACAAUGCUUAUUGACCCAAGUCAAUUCCGUCUCAUCAACGAGCUGUUGCAAAAGGAAUGCAAAGGUAGAGGUCGAAUGGAGACGCUGUCGUUUGCAGCCACAGCAAGUGGGUAA